CGCCAGUUGCGUGUCGGACUUCGUGCUGACUGUGUCGUUACUGUUUCCCGGUUUGAGCGUUGGCCGGUAUGGAGAACCAACAGGUGUGGGUCCGGGACCCCCAGGAGGGUUUCAUAAUCGGCAAAUUCGUGGACAUGGUCGACGGGGAUGCGCUGAUCAUGCCAUUGGAUGUGAAGUAUCCGCAUCGUACUUGUCAUCUGGAUGAAGUAUAUCCCGCCGGGGAGUACACCAAAGACGUCGAGGACAAUUGUGCUCUGAUGUACCUGAACGAGGCCACGCUAUUAAACAAUAUACGGACACGUUACUUCAAAGACAGAAUAUACACCUACGUCGCUAAUAUCUUGAUCGCGGUGAACCCCUACUGCGAGGUGAAAGACCUGUACUCGCCACAGACUAUCAAAGCGUAUCAAGGAAAGUCCUUGGGAGAAACACCGCCCCAUGUUUUCGCUAUUGCUGACAAAGCAUUCAGAGACAUGAAAGUGCUGAAACAGUCCCAAAGUAUCAUCGUGUCUGGUGAAUCCGGAGCUGGCAAGACUGAAUCUACGAAGUAUCUGCUUCGUUAUCUUUGCGACUUGUGGGGUUCGACGGCUGGACCGAUCGAGCAGAAAAUUUUAGACGCGAAUCCUGUAUUGGAGGCGUUUGGAAAUGCAAAAACCAAACGAAACAACAACAGUUCCCGUUUCGGGAAAUUCAUGGAGGUGCAUUUCGAUUCGAAAUGUCAGGUGGUCGGCGGUUACAUAUCCCAUUAUCUUCUCGAGAAGUCGAGGGUGUGCCUUCAGAGUCCCGACGAGAGGAACUACCACGUUUUUUACAUGAUGUGUGCCGGCGCGCCGCCAGAACUUCGAGCGAAACUUGGUAUCACGAAACCGGAUGAUUUCCAUUACUUGAGGAACGGUUGCACCCAGUACUUUUGCAACGAGGACUCGGAGAAAAAACUGAACGACGUUCAGAAGAGCCGCGAUCAGGUCGGGAAAGGUAGCUUGCACGAUCCGAUUCUGGACGAUGUCGAGGGUUUCAACGCCAUUGACCAGGCGUUAACACGGCUCGGUUUGAGCGAGGCAGAAAGAAUGGAAAUUUAUACAAUGGUGGCUGCGGUACUUCAUCUUGGGAACAUUAUGUUCGAAGACAAUCCCGAGGACACGAAAGGUGGAUCCAGGAUAUGUGCUAUUUCUGAGAAAGCAGCGCUGAUGUCUGCCAAGUUAUUGGGCGUCGAUCCGGAAGAGCUUAGACAAGCUUUGGUCUCGAAGGUCAUGCAGACUAGUCGUGGCGGUAUUAAAGGAACUGUUAUUAUGGUUCCACUGAAGGUUUAUGAAGCCAAUAACGCCAGGGACGCUCUGGCAAAAGCUAUUUAUAGCAAACUGUUUGAUCACAUUGUAGGCCGUAUCAAUAAAAGCAUUCCUUUCAAGGCCUCGAGUUACUACAUUGGUGUCUUGGAUAUUGCUGGAUUCGAAUAUUUCAAGGUGAACAGUUUCGAGCAAUUCUGCAUAAAUUAUUGCAACGAAAAGUUACAACAGUUCUUCAACGAGCGAAUUCUGAAGUACGAGCAAGAUCUUUACGCGAGAGAGUCCCUCAACGUGCCUAAGAUAUCUUAUGUCGACAACCAAGACUGCAUAGAUUUAAUCGAGUCAAAAAACAUGGGCAUUUUCAGUCUGCUGGACGAAGAAUCGAAGCUGCCCACGCACAGUUUCGCGCAUUUCACCAGCGAAGUCCAUCGUGUCUGGAACGGCCAUUUUCGAAUAACCUUGCCGCGAACGUCGCGUUUGAAGGCGCACAGAGAGCUGCGUGACGACGAAGGAUUUGUGAUUCGUCAUUACGCCGGCGGUGUCUGUUAUCAAACGAAUCAAUUCAUCGAGAAGAACAACGAUGCGCUGCACGCAUCGUUAGAAGCUUUAAUUCAAGAAAGUAAUAACAAGUUUCUUAGGACUCAAUUCGCCAACAACUCCAGUCAGAAAGGGAAACUCACGUUCAUCAGCGUCGGCAGUAAAUUCAAAACCCAGUUGGGGGAGCUAAUGGAUAAAUUAAAGAACAAUGGUACAAACUUUAUUCGUUGCAUCAAACCGAACAACGACAUGGUCGCUCACCACUUCGACGGAAACAGCAUUUUGGGACAGCUUCGUUGUUCCGGCAUGACGUCCGUGUUGGAGCUAAUGGAGCACGGUUAUCCCAGCCGAGUCCCGUUCCAGGAACUCUACAACAUGUACAAAUCUUAUCUCCCGCCGGAGUUAGCCUCCCUGGAUCCCAGGUUCUUUUGCGAGGCGUUGCUUCACAGCUUGAAACUGAACAAGAAAGACUUCAAGUUUGGGAUCACCAGAGUGUUCUUCAAACCGGGAAAAUUCGCUGAGUUCGACAAGAUCAUGAAAUCGGACCCGGAGAACUUGCGGAAACUGGUGGCGAACGUGAAGAAGUGGCUGCUGAAGUCUCGAUGGAACAAAAUGCAGUUCUGUGCUCUGUCUGUGAUCAAACUGAAAAAUAAGAUCAUUUAUCGUAGGUAUCAUCUGAUCAUUCUCCAGAAGACAGCGAGGAUGUACAUAGCCAAGAAGCAACAUCGACCACGCAUAAAAGGUGUCCUGAAGAUCAAGAAUCUAAAGGCGCAAUUGGUUGGUAUGGAGGAGACGUCGAAGCAGUUGAAGAACCGCGAGAAGUCCAUGAACGAUAUAAAGAGACUCCAGGAUGAUUUAGAGGCAGCGAUUAAACGGAUCAAGGACAACGAGAGAAUAAAACCGGCUGCGAUAGACUCCCUUUACACGAACUUGGUUAAUCAGGUUAACAUGCAAAUGGCGUCGCUACAGGACAUGGUCAGGCAACAGAAGAUCGCCGAGGAGCAGGCGAAGUUGAGGAAGAUUCAGCAGGAGUUGGAGCUUGAGAAACACAGAAAGGAGGAGGAGGAACGGAAGAAAAGGGAGGAGGAUGAAAAUAGGAGGAGGAAACAUGAUAUUGAGACGAGGAGAAAGGCGGAGGAAGUACAGAAAAGAAAACAAGAGGAGGAGGACCAGAAAGCUGCUGAAGUACUCCAUGCGCAAUUAGAGAAAGAAGCACUGGAAGAAAGCAGAUUCCGUGAAUUAUUGGAACAAGAAAGAAGGGAUCAUGAAUUGGCGGUCAGAUUGGCCCAAGAAUCGAAUGGACAGGUCGAAGACUCACCCCCGCCUGUACGAAGCGGUUCCGAUGUACGAGUACCGUCGAACAACAACAGGCUAGCAAGGUCCGAGCAAGUGCGCAAUAAUCAGGCAGCCAUGGCCAACAAGAAGUAUGAUUUAUCUAAGUGGAAAUACUCUGAACUGCGGGACGCUAUAAAUACAUCCUGUGAUAUCGAGUUGUUGGAGGCUUGUCGUCACGAGUUCCAUCGAAGACUGAAGGUUUACCAUGCGUGGAAAGCAAGGAAUCGUAGACGCACCACUAUGGACGAAAAUGAGAGGGCGCCAAAGUCUAUUAUGGAAGCUGCCGCUGUAUUUGUUUCAGCCGCUAAAACACCCAGGACUCCAAUGAAACAGACAAUAGUCGAGUCCUCGCAACGGUAUUUCCGAAUUCCUUUUGUGAGACCAGCUCCGAUUGGGCAGCAAGACAAUUCCCACACAUCUGGUAAAAGAGGAUGGUGGUAUGCCCAUUUCGAUGGUCAGUACGUGGCAAGACAGAUGGAACUUCACCCUGAUAAGGCACCGAUCCUAUUGGUAGCAGGUAUCGACGACAUGCAAAUGUGUGAAUUGAGCCUGGACGAGACUGGGCUGACCAGGAAACGCGGGGCCGAGGUGUUAGAACACGAGUUCAAUCGUGAGUGGGAGAAGCACGGCGGGAAGCCAUUUCUUCCUCCGUGCGACCGUAAGAAAUGAGAAUUCCUCGAGAUUGUUAUUAUACACAUACAGCUAAUUCAAUUCCUCACGAAUUGUUUAUUCGUCGACGGUCCGGUCCACUUCGAUGGUAAACACGCAGCACACAGUGCCUUGAAAUUGGUGCCUUUAGUGAGUGUAAGGCAAAAAUCCGUAGAAAGCACGGGGUGACGUUUAAUUGACUCUGUUCAUUGGAUUUAGUCGCGAAACUAUAUAGGAGUAGCUGGGGAGAUCCGUGGUGGAUCCAUGGAUCGAUCGAGAUUUCGUACACCCGGUGCGCGCGUUGUAAAAUAAACACAGUAUUUCGGUCCGUUUACACGGUACAGGAAAGAGCCGAUUCUUUGGCGUGAUAAUUUAGACUGCGGAUUCUAUGAAUUUAUCGCGUGUCUGCCGAGGGUAAAAUUAAAUUAGGUUUUCUAUUGCUUUUAACUUAAACGAUAUCUUUGUAAUUGCGUGAGAGGUGAAUUCAGUAUUCUUUCAAGAGUAAGGAUUCGCGUUAGCUUCCGCAGUCUAGUGAUAAAUUUUAAUAUUUCAGUAUUCGAGUUCUCGGUAUUCGCUAAAUCGAAUCGUAGAAUUUGCAUUAAUUGUUAACGUUGCGCAAGGAAGGAGGGAAUAUUCGUCGAGCAAAAGAUCUCAUUGAAUUUGAAUGAAUUCUUUUUCUUUCCGUUUUUUUGGGGGGGAGCUGGUGUAAUUAAGGAUAUCCGCCUUGUUAUUAACUUAUGGUAUUAAGGUUGAUUGUAAAGGCAGAUGGUAUUUGAAUAUAUAAAAUCAUCUUUAUACUUUGCAACGAAAACGACACUAUGGUUCCUUGGAUCAACACAGAGCUUUGUCGAAAACAACACGGUUUUUGAUUUAUUUAGCAAAGAUAUUUUUUAUUAUCGAUAAGGCAUAUUAUUGCACAUUUAAUUGCGAAUUGUAGGUACGCCAUGGCAGACGUAAAUGAUUGUUGCGAUGAAUAAAAAUUAUGUGCGUCUAUCACUUUUCCGACUACGAAUAAAUACGUAUUCAUCACAUCGCUUUCCCAUUAACACCAAUGCUCUUCGUAGAUCGUAGCAAAGUUGUUCGAGAGAUCACAUUAGGUUCUAUUAAUUAAGUUCAUUCAUGUCUCACGACUUCUGUAUGGUUAAGUG